GAGGACAGCGGUUUGUGGUUUCCUAGAAACUUACGAAACCCCAUUUUGUAUUUAUUAUUAUUAAUAAGAUUUGACGAGAAGUGAAGAAAGAGAGAAGUUGUUUGACAGCAUUGUUGCAAUCGAAAUCAUGUCUGGCAUGCUUCCAGGAGUUGAAAGUGCUCGAAGAAGACGAUUGCAUAGCAACAGUUCUUCUCGUGAUUUCAUCAGUGGUUCCUCUCUGUGUUUGUAUGCUAACAGGAAACUCCGAUCUCCUCCUUCUUCCUCUCUAUUGGAAAGAAACACGGUGAAUCAGGCCGACCCAGAUGAAAAUCUGGGAGUAGCAGCACUGGAAGCCAAGCGCAGAUUAGAUCAGAGGUUUGCAGCAUAUCUCACAACAGAAAACACAUCACAAAGCAAAAGCCUUUUUGGAUACUUUGUCCGAGCAACUCAAAGCAAAUUAAGAUGAAAUUUAUUUUUUUUAGUUUCUGAGAUUGUUAUUAGUCUAAGUAAUUAAGAGAAAAAACAAAUUAUCCAACAAUAUGUGAAGAUGUUGUACCACUUCUUAGAUUGGAUCAGCAAGGAAGUUGAUUGCAUCAAA